AUGUUGAACGGACAUCACCACUCGUUGAACGGUUCUUCGCAUCACGACGCCUCGCAUAGGCUUCGACGGGAGGCAAAAAGGGCGCUGAAGAAAACCGGGUUUACCAGUCGACAGAUUCUGUGUUUUUUAGGUGUGGUCGUGACCGUAAUACAAAUGUUUUUCGCCGCGAAAUGGCUGACGAGCGGCACGUCAGGAGACGACGACGACUUCGACGACUCGACGAUUGAUUACUCCGCGGCGGACGUGGAUGAGAAUUUGGAGAAGACGGGUAAAUUAACGCCGACGAUGAUGAUGGGCGAUGAUGAUACCGUGAGUAAAUCGGGUCCGUAUAAAGGAUUGCGCGUGCACGAUACGAAGACGGACAAGUAUAAGAACAGAGGCGCGAGCGGCGAAGAAACGGCGUUGGAUUUUUGGGAGAAGCAUUUCAAGUUGAAACAGUCGGUGGAUUGGAACGAUUUUGCGGUCAUUUUAUUGAUGGAACACGCGAAGGACGUGCAGAAUUUAACCGCGUCGUUAGCGCCGGCGAUUAGCGGGCACUUUGAUGCCAACAACGAUGGAUUCGUUUCGAGAAAGGAGUACAACGUCUUUUUGAGAAAGUUUGGCGUGCAAGGCAUGCAAGAGAGUUUGCAGUUUGCCGUGGACGCGUCGUUGGAUAACUUUUGGAGGCGAGAUCCGAUGGAUAGGCGAAAAGCGAACCCGAUUGGCUGCGCGAUGUAUUUAGAUGGACAACAUACGAACCACGUGGAGUUGGAAGCGAGUUCGGAUUUUCAUUUCAACGGCGCGAAGCCGUUUGCGAUUGAGGCAUGGGUAAGGCCGCACGCCAGACCGAAAAACACGGACGCGGAGGCGCUGAAAGCGUACAGAUUUGGCGGGGUUGUGUUUUCCAAGUACAAUCGGGCGAGAAGAGGACAGUAUUUUUUCCAGUUGGAACCGGAUGGACACGUGUUUUUUCACCGAGAAGUCGCGCCGUGGGGAUUGAGGUCGACUGUUACUAUCCCCGCCGGGUAUUACACGCACGUCGCGGUGACUUAUGGAGCUGGACGAUCGAAAAUUUACAUCAAUGGUACGCUGCGUGGGUCACAAAGAGAAGGCGCUCAGGCGCACGACCCGGCGACGAGCGUUUUGAUCGGCGCUAUCCACGAUCAAGACAAACCGGCGAGCGGUUUCAACGGGGAAAUCGACGAGUUGCGAGUCUGGAACGUCGAUAGAACGCAAACAGAAAUCGAGCAAAACAUGGGGAAAACUUUGACGGGAUUGGAAUACGGUUUACUCGGCUAUUGGCCGUUCGACGAGUGUUCGGGAUGGCGCGCGAGAGAUAAAAUGGGAAGGCACGACGCUCAGUUAAACGGAGGUCGAUGGGUACGUACUUCAAUCAACGUCAAACACAACGAGAAAAUCGUGCACUGCGCAGUGCCUGGGAAAUGUUCCAUCGACGAAGAAGAGCCAAGAGUAACGGGCGCGAACUACAUCGAUAGCGAACAACUGAGAGCGGACUACUGGAAACGCGCCAUUCGCGUCAUGGAGACGCAGAACCGCGUGAAUAAAAAAGUCAUCAAAGAACUUUUGAUGACCAUGGACACGUUGACUAAUCGCGUGCGAUGGUUGGAAAAGCAAGACCGCGUGCGCAAAUCGCAACUCAAGGAGCUGAAGUGGCGACACGGGAACGUCACAGAGGCGAUUGGGUUAAUGCGUGGCAACUUUACCAAAGCUGGGUUCGGAUUCGACGGUAAAGACCCGUUGGAUUUAUUGAACGAUUUAGAAUCCGGAUUGAAAAGGAAACAUUUUCGCAUGGGAUUAGGAAACGGUGAAGACGAGGACGAGGAAGAUGAGGAUGCCUUUUUAGACCGAAAUAGUAAGGAAGAUGAGGACAGUAAUAGCAACGAAGACGAAGACGAUGAGGAAACGGUGUUACAUAGAGUCAAAGCGAGACGCGAAAAGGCGCGAUUAGAAAAUCUGAAACUUCUCGGCGGCGACAAAGAAGACGAAGGUGAAGCGGAUAAAAAGUCCGAACUACACUUUCCCACGAAGUUGGUGGAGGUGGUGUUUUAG